CAAUAGUAUAUGUUUAAAAGAGUUAAAAUAGUGGGGCAAAAAAGGGAUAAAAACACGAGACAUUAUCGUAUAACUUGAUUUGUCUUUGAAUUACAGUCAUUGUUGUAAUGAUGAAGGUUAAGGUAGGAAAGGCAAUCAAGCCAUCACACAUUCCCCUUUUAAGUCCCUUUUCUGUUGAAAUUGAUUUGUCUUUGAAAUGCAGUUACGGUAAUCAUAUGCCUUGUUUAUUCUAUAUACAUUUAAUUAUCUUCCUCUAUAAUAAUCUUGCUUCACGUGGAUUGCCUAUGAUUGUUUCUAGGCAGCUGGCGAAACGGACGGUAAACUAAUGUUUGCCUAUCCUUUAGCAAAAAAAAUACGUAUAUAUAUUUUUUAUGUAAGAAGUACAAUAAGUUAUCAAAUAUUUUGGCACGCAUACUAUAUGCAUGUAUGGAAAGAUUGGACAUUGGUGUUGGUGGUGGUCCUGGUGAGCACUGCUACAACCUUUUUUGAUAGUCUCUAUAGAAAAUCUUAAAUGUAAAACAUUGUUUCCUCAAAAGUAUAUCACUAGUUUCAGCAAAGAAAUUGUCGGUUCGGUAAAUAUGUUGAUAUUACAGAUGCUCCAUGACAAUGACCGAAGUACUGAAUAAUAAAUCUUGUACAUGUUCAUGUUGCGGAAUUAUUUUUGAACAAAAGUCUCAACAAAACCAGUACAAACUGAUUAGUAUUAGUAUGUCAUAAACAUAAACUCAUAGUGUAAAAGUAAGAAACGAGUACUUAUUUUUUAUGGGAGGUGAAGAAGAUUGAGAGACUGUUGUUUUUUUGGUGGAUUGUCUAACAUGAAAUUUAUUAGUUGACAACAAUCGUGCACCGUACUUUAUACUACUAAACUAAAUGUUUCGAAAUGUCCUCAUCCGUAACAAUUAAUGGGACAGCUAAAUUUUCCAUACACAUCAUAAAGUUAUAUUACUUAUACUUAACAAAUGUAUUUUAUAUUCUUAUACAGUAAUUUAAACUAGUUUUGAGGUUUAAUUAGUGUAAAUCUUCAUCGAAUGUCUAACACUUUGUCGGAACCGAGCUUAUAAAAAAUGAUUAAAGUACCCCUCGGAAUCUGCAUUCCCUCUGACCUAACUAUAUAAAAUUGUUAAACUAUAAGCUUCAGCACACUAUUGUUUACGUCGAACAAACAUCAACGUAGUAAUAAUUAAGUCGAAUCUCUAACAAGUAUAAAAAUAAUGUGCUAAUCAGCUAGCCCCUAACACAGUAGCUUUGGCAGUCCGUGAACCAAUAGUUGAUAACUUGCAAGUAAUCAUAUGAACCAGAAUAUCCCGUGAUAUUUUUCAAUCUAUAUCAAUAAGUAUAAUCUUAAACUAUAGUAUUUUCUGCAUAUUAGCAUGCUAGCUAACAGCUAAUGAGUUUCAGGUUUAUGGUUUAUAAUCUACAUUAUGUUUUGACUGGUACAAGUGGACUGUUUGAACAUAAAGUCAUCGAUAUACAAAUGGGCUGAGUUAUUUGUUAAUAAGCCCAAAGUGUUAAUAUCGCAAUUCAGUCAUUGGCCCAAAAUCAAAACAGAUUUUUCCUAUUAUCGUCGUCGUCUAUCAGAGCGAGACAAAAGAUGCCAAACCGAGGUACCCCCGCACUUGUAUUAAACAACGAGAUAACAGAAAAUUAAAAGCAACACGUGAAAAAUAUACUAUUAAAUUUCAGUUACAACUUUCGUGAUUUCGUUUCUAGGUAUACUUCCAAUCUUUUUUCGAACUUAUUCAAUCAGUUGAAACGUUUAUACAAGGAAAAAGAUUUCAAUACGUAGAAAAGGAUAAAAAUACUCACGAGAGGAGCCAGACUCGUAAUUGAUAACGCGUGAUUGAGGAUUAAUACAUGUCCUUUUAUAACAUUGAAUUUAAUCAUGCUAAUUACCCCCUUACGUAGGACCCGCACUUCGAGCUCAUAUCACAAAAGUCCUUAACUACCCUUCAUCCCAAAAGCAUUAAAACAAGAACCACAAGGAUACAUCCGUCAUAUCACAAAGAUAUUAUUAAAGAGCAAAGCAAAAAAAUAAAAAAAGCAGUCGUACAAAAUUAUUAAAAUUUGUAGCGCAAUCUACGCUUCAAAAUUGAUAGAGAACAACUAGUGGGUAAGGAAAGUGGGUCCCACGUCUCCGAUAAUCAAGGGAUUAGCCAGUCGUAACGCACCACGUAUCGAGAUUACUUGGGUACUUGUAUAGUGCUUAAGAAAUGGUUUUGGCGGGCUUAAUUAAAAAAAUUCAAAAAUCAGAGGCCGAAAUUAAAAACCCUAGCCCCUCUUUCUCUCUAUCUAUCUAUCUUUCACUCAACUCAAAUCUCUUCCCUCGCCACUUCUCCCUCCAUUUUCGCUCUCUAGGUUUCGAGCUUCCUCUCUCUCUCGAAUCCGAAAUAUCUAUUCCCGAAGUAGAAGAAGAAGGUCUCUCUGUUAAUCUGAGCUGUGACUGCACAUGGGGAAGGUAUCACCGAAGGAUUCGGAUUCGAAGAUCUCAACGAGGAAGAAGAAGCUGAAGAGUUCGAAUAACAAGUACUUAAAGCCUGGGGCUCUUGUUCAGCUUUGUUACAGCAAAGCUUCCGCUACUGCUAAGUCUAAUAAUGAUUUGGGGAAGAAACGUGUACCUGUGUUUGAUUCUAAGCCUGCUAGGAGCAAUGUGAUUGCUGUGGAAGAUGUUAGUUCUCCCAGAAGCCCUCUUUUAUCGUCCCCUGUUAACGUUGUUAAGAGGAGCAGUCUGGUGAGGCCGAUGAAGUUUGAUGAUUUGCAGGUGGAGAGUAGUAAGAAGAGUCCUUUAAUGUUAUCUCCUGUGGGUAUUGUUAUGCAAAACUCGCUGUUGAGGACUCCGAAGACGCCGCCACAAGCUGAGCCUUGUGACUCUGAGUCUCAGUUUGAGUCUCUUCCCAUGGAUUUACUGGUUAAGAUUGUGUGUCAUCUCCACCAUGACCAGCUGAAGGCAGUGUUCCAUGUUUCUCAGAGAAUAAGGGCAGCUGCUGUGAUUGCAAGACAGUAUCAUUUCAAUUACACAACGCCAGACCGCUCAAGACAGGAGAUGCUGAGUGUUCUGACCCCAAUGCCAAUAAAUCGUUGGCCUUUUGUUAGCAAGGGUGAUGAAAACUAUAGGAUCAUGGGAAGCCCACACACCCCAAAGGCACCGCGACAUGCUCCUCGGCCACCUUGCCGAACUAAACUAGCGGAGAUGAAGCAAAUCACAGCUGUUCUUUUCCAAGACCAGACAGCUUUCCCUUCGAGGUGCAGCGUUCCUUCGGUUCUCCAGAGGCCGACUUUGUUCAAGCCACUGGCUCCAAAGCACCCUCGCGUGCUCUUCUACGAAGAUGAGUUAUGUCAAGCUGUUGCUCAAAACAACCUUCAGUGAUUAUGCUUGCUACAGUCAAGACGCUUUUCUUUCGCUUGUUCAUAUUAAGUUUGCCUUCAUCAUGGUUCAUGAUCACCUCCAUCAUGAUUAUCAUCAUCAGCAUCGUCUCCAGUUAUAGACUAUAUAGUAUAAGUAGCAUGCAAGUUUUGUAGCAGUGCUAGUUCAGGGUAUUAGGUUUACAUGGUAAUCUCUUAGUAUUAUCAUUUCAAGGUUUUCGAGUUUUAAGUCAUCUGAGUUUGUCAUAAUAAGCAAGUGUUUUCUGAACUGGUCAGUUGAGUCUUGUGUAUAUUUUUCUGCAUUUAUUUGGAUUGUUUUUAUUUUUC